AUGUCCGCGUUCAGCCUGGCUCGCGCCAUGGAUUCCGUGGACUCCGGAAUAUUGACAGUUAGAAAUCAUUGCUGUCUCGAGGGGCGUUCUCGUCGCUGGUAUCCUGUGACGGCCGAUUGGGCUACUAUCCUGGGGGUGGAGGCCAUUCGGGAUGCAGGCCGAGUCGCAGAGUGUUCGGUGCCGCUAGCUACAGCACUGUUGGGGGCUCGUGAGGCAGCAGCAACUCUGGCAUACGAUCUGAUAUUGAACGACGGAGCUGGUCGCGCGGGCAGUGACGGAAUCAGCGCAUAA